AUGCAUCCCAUAAUCUUCACGGCAGGACAAUUCCUGGGACUCGCCUCCUGGGCGGCAGCUUUCGUCAGUCCAGACGGUACUGGGCGUCUCCCAGCUAUGGGCUGGAACUCCUGGAACGAAUACGGAUGCAACAUCAAGGAGGACGUCUUCGUCAACGUUGCGAGGCAGUUGGUGGACUUGGGGCUCAAGGACCUCGGCUACCAAUAUGUCAACAUCGACGAUUGCUGGAGCGACAAGGAACUCCGCCGCGACGCAAAUACCAAGGAACUGAUUCCCGACGCCCAGAAGUUUCCUCGCGGAAUCAGUGGGACGGUAGGGCUGGUUCAUUCGCUGGGCCUCAAGUUCGGCAUUUACAGCGAUGCAGGCACCGAUACCUGCGGAGGCUAUGUGGGCUCUCUUGGAUACGAACAAGUUGAUGCCGCGACCUUUAGCAAAUGGGGCAUUGACUACCUCAAGUACGAUAACUGCAACGUCCCUUCUCAAUGGACCGACCAAUACCAGUAUUCACCCGAGGGCCUGGGUAGCGACGCUCCCAACAGCACCAUCCAAUACUCGCUCUGCGCCUGGGGCCACGCACACGUCGAGCAAUGGGGCAACACCACCGGCCACUCCUGGCGCAUGUGGGGCGACAUCAUGCCAGCGUGGAAGGGACAAGACCAAUGGAGCUGGGGGCUGAUGCCUAUUGUCAAUCAGGCUUCACUCCUCUGGGAGUGGGCCGACUUUGGAGGCCAUAACGACUGGGAUAUGCUCGAGGUCGGCAACGGCGACUUGACGCUGGAGGAGAACCGAAGCCACUUUGCCAUGUGGUGCGCCUUCAAGAGCCCCCUGAUCAUCGGUACCCCGCUGGAUACCAUCAAGAAGCCCAUUCUCGAUAUCCUCUCUAACAGGGAGCUGAUUGACUUCAACCAAGAUCCCGUCUACGGCGCCUCGGCCAUGCCAUACAAGUGGGGUGACAACAGACCCGUCGGUACAUCGGACAUGGUGCAUCCGGCUGCCUUCUGGGUGGGCACGUCGACCAAGGGAAUCCACGUUUUCCUGCUCAAUACCCGGGACAGGGCCGUACUUAUGCGUGCUGUCUUCGCAGAGAUCUCUCCCCUGAAGGCCGCUGCAGGUGAGGAGUUCCUCGUCCAUGAUAUGUGGACCGGGAAGGACCUCGGGACCUUCAAGGAGUACUUUGAGUUGGAGGUCAAGACACAUGAUACCCCCGCACUGAGAAUCACAAUGGUCGAUGGAAAACAUCCCAAUGCCAACUGGUCCCCGAAAUAA